UGCAGUUUAUGUAAUGAUGGAGCAGCUUAUGUAACGGUUUACCAAGAGCCAACCCUCUAUUUAAAUAUUAUAAUUUACACUCAUGAAGAACACAGCAGUCUCGAUAAACUGAAAUAACCCCGCAGGAGAAUAUCCUUCUCUGAGUUUAACACACAAAAAAAUCUCAGGAGUUGGAAGAAAAUUUUUGAAUUUUAUGUUAUCCUGUCAGCUGCACUAGCAAUGGAGCCAUCAGAUAAAUACAUGUUCAAACACAGAGGAUACUAUUUUGUCCAAGACAUGACUACACCAGAAUGCAUUGAUUCACUGGAGAAUUUUGAAAUCCGGGACAGUGAUGUAUUUCUGGUCACUUUUCCAAAAUCAGGAACCAUAUGGACUCAGAAUAUUUUGAGCUUGAUUUAUCAUGAAGGCCAUCGAAAUGGAACUGAAGACAUGGACCUGGUAGACAGAGUUCCAUGGCUGGAGUACAACCUCCGCAAUGUAGAUUAUGUUAAGCGCCCAUCACCUCGUCUCUUUGCCAGCCAUCUGCCCUAUUGUUUACUGCCAAAGGGAUUAAAAAAUGGAAGAGGAAAGAUUAUUUAUGUGGCCAGAAACCCAAAGGAUGUCUUGGUAUCCUAUUAUCAUUUUUCCAAAUUUUCUCAAAAAAUGGAAGAAGUGGAAGACUUUGAAGUUAUCAUGGAGAGGUUUUUGGCUGGUAAAGUGUUAGGUAACUUAUGGGUAGACCACGUAGAAGGCUGGUCUGCUCAGAUGGACAACACCAACAUUCUCUUCCUUAUGUUUGAAGAAAUGAAGAAGGAUCUGAGAAGCGCUAUAUUGAAAAUAUGCAACUUCUUAGGAAAGAGACUAACUGAAGAGGAGAUAGAUGAUGUUGUGGAUAAAGCUUCAUUUGGCAAAAUGAGUGCAGAUCGUAGAACCAAUUAUACCACCCUAUCCUCUGAUACACUAGAUUUCAACAAAGGACGCUUUCUGCGCAAAGGUACUAUUGGAGACUGGAAAAACACAAUGACGGUUGCACAGAAUGAAAGAUUUGACAGUGUUUUCAAGAAACGGAUGGAAAAACUGCCUUUCAAGUUCUGCUGGGAUAUCAAUGAUGAAUUAUGAAAAAGGAUGGACAAACCUGCCUCUUUUGCUUUGUACAGAUUUGUUUUAAUUUGCUGAAGCAACAGAUUUGUUCCAACUUGUUUUCAAAUCAGGUUGCAAAUUUUGUUGGGUAAAGUGGACAUGAUUUUAAUAGAAUUCUCAUAAAGCCCAGAUUCAGAAUGCCUUUCCCAAAUAUACACAUAUUUGAAGAGAACUGGUGGGCAUAGGAGAAUUUUAAAUUCUCUAUUUUCAUGAUGUACAAUUUCAUGUCCAUUUUUUUGUUUUUUCAUUUAGACAGAGACAAAAGUCAGAUCAUUGCAAGGUUUAGCAGUGGUUCUCAACCUAUGGAUCCUCAGAUGUUUUGGCUUACAACUCCCAGAAAUCCCAGCCAGUUUAUCAGCUGUUAGGAUUUCUGGGAGUUGAAGACCAAAACAUCUGGGGACCCACAUGUUGAGAACCACUGGUUUAGGGGAUUGCAAAGGCGAAAACAAUAAUAAUCUUACAGAUUGUGUAUUGUUUAAAAUGUGAUUCAGUUCAGAUCCCAUAAAAAAGUGAACUGAAGGAUAUCUUCACCACCACUAAUGAGGAGCCAAUGCCAAGUUAAAACAGGAACGGAUAAAAUGUCAUUCUUAUAUUUGGUGUAAUGUUCAAUGCAUUGCAAUAAGAUUACAAAGAAAGAAAGAUUAAUUUCAUUAUGGAUUUUAUAUUGUUUCAAAAUAAUGAGAUUUUUCCACGAUCACUAACAAUUAGUGCAUUGUGACUUAAAAGAUAGCAAGAUUAUGCUAUGGAUAACUUUAAUCCAUGUUGCUUGGAAAUAGGUGUGAGAACAAAACUUAUUAGAAUAAUACUAUAAUUCUGAAAUACAAUGAAUAAACAUAUAUGUUAUUAUUA